UCCUCAUAUAAAAAAUGACAAAAGGUACAUUCAGUUUUGGUCGUAGAAACGGUAAAUCACAUACCUUAUGCAGACGUUGUGGUAACAGAUCAUACCACGUCCAAAAGAAGACUUGUGCUUCAUGUGGUUACCCAUCAGCCAAAACCAGAUCAUACAACUGGAGUGUUAAAGCCAUCAGAAGAAAGACCACCGGUACUGGUAGAACUAGAUACCUUAAAACUGUUCACAAGAGAUUCAACAGUGGUUUCAAAGAAGCUUCAUUAAGUGUUAAAAAAACCGCCUAAAUAAACGUUUUAAAAUAAUUUAGUUUACAAAAUAUA